GCUAUGAUUGACAUCAGUCACUUUUGACAGUUGUUUAUGUUUUAGGAACAAAUUAUGUUUGUGAAUUACUGGAACAGCAUAAAAAAAUUAAAGUGUGUAAUUUUGUAAGGUAUUUUCUACAAGAACAUUUGUUUGAGUAAUGAAAUGCAACCUAAUUUGUGCAAGCUUGCGAUAGUCGUGUUUUCAUUUGAAGCACGAUUAUGUGCAAAGUGAGCAGAAAAAAUUAACAAGGAAGUUCACGUUAACUUGAAACAUGAGCGAAUUAGAAGUCCAAGCUUACGAACUGUUGCGACGCCGCGAGUGGUUCCGUGCAGCUGAACUGUUUGAUCAGCUUUUGUCUCCGGUUUUCCUUAAAAGCGUCUCUGCUGCAAAAAUCGUGUGUUUUUUACUCGGCCGCGCCGAAUGCAUGCAUGAGUUGGGUCAGCACGAAACGGUGGUCUCGGACUGCCGACACGUUCUGAAACUUCUUGGCGAAGUCCACAGUAUCGGGAACUACGGCAUCAUUGCACGGCGAUGUCUGGUUCACUCGCUGUUCGCCCUCGGGCGUUUCACCGAAGCAGAGGCAGUAGCUCGCGAGUGGCUGACGACGGGAGGAGGGCCAUCCAAUCAGCCCGAAGCCCUGAAAAUGCUUGAGCGAUUGAGGAUAGUUUCGCAAAUGUCAAAUCCCCGCAGGUCAUGCAGCGAAGGGGACAGCAUGGACAAUCAUGUGGGUGUGAACAGUGUGGAGCAUUGGCCGGAACAGCUUUCGAAACAGAGGAAGCACCCAGUUCGUUUGUUAAACGAUUUUAGUGAAAAAACAAGUAAUGAUAAUUUAGUUCAGAAAAAUCACCAAGAAGUCUUUCAUAGAGAAGAAGCAAUGUUAACAGGAUCAGCAAAUUAUGAAUUUCAUGCUGAUCAUGCGGGACCGGGGCGCGACGCAAACGUCUGCUCGUACUGCUGCCUGGCGUUCGCGUCGCGUGCUGACCUGCAGGCCCACUGCCAGUCCGACGGCCACCAGACGGUGGUGAUGUCGGACGAGGGCCGGGACUGGGAGUGGCGGCCGCCCCCGCGCGGGCUCACCGCCGACGCCUACACCCUGUGCGAGGGCGCGCCGUGCCGCUACGGGGCGCUGUGCGUCGAGGCGCACGGCCCGGAGGAGCUGGCCGAGUGGCGCGAGCGCUUCCGCUACCGCUCCAUGAAGGUGCAGCGGGCCUACGAGAAGGAGCUGUUCGGCAAGUCCUACACGGAGCAGCUGCUCGAGAGGUGGGUCCAGGCGGCCAGCCCAGAGAAAAUCAUGCGGGAGUCGGUGUCUGGAGUUGAAGAGACUUGUAGCGAUGAGUUGGUGACGACGGUGGCAUCGAAAACCAGCCACAAACAGUGGCUGUUUGUACUGAAAACUAACAAGCUGUUACGAAUAGUUGCCUUGUUGCAAGAUGCCCAUCGUAACCAUUUCGCCAUCAAGUACGUGUCGACCAGGGAUUUAUUCCGUAACGUUCUGUCGGAGUGGUCGCCGAGUAACGACCAGGAGUGGAGUGUCCCGGCCAUCCCCGGCAUUGAGCAGGGCGAGGAACAGCCCGCCCCGCCCUACUUGCACCACCACGUGAAGAUAGAGUUCGCGACGGACAUCUACGGGACGUUCCGGCAGUCUGUGGUGUUCGACUUCGGGGAGGAGCCCGUGCUGGUGCGCCACCUGUGUGUCGACGUCGUUCCGGUGACGGACGUCGAUCGCUUGAAGGAGAUCUGCAAGGAGCUGGUGAUCUCAACGUCGGAGCGCUGGGACGCCGCCAACUCCGACGUCGUGCCGUUCUCGUCGUCCGUCACGCCCGCCAUCGCCACCCCGGAGGGCGUGGCCAAGGACGGGGAGCGGGAGCGGGGGCUGCUGGGCGCGUACCCCUGCCCAAGGCCGGAGACCUUCUCCCUCACGCAGAGCUCGGUGUCGGAGAAGAAGCUCACCAGGAACAACUACCGGGCUCGCAUGCACGAGCUGCUGUGCGUCGAGGAGAUGGCGCGCUACGAGCAGGUGGCGAGGUACAACCUGACGGCCAAGCUGCGCCUGGCCGACUGCUACCUGCUGGCGCCCAACGGGAUCGCCACCAGCACCGCCAAGUACGCGCACCUCGGCGAGCUCUUCGCGCUCAUCAACCUGGGCAAGGACAUCUCCGAGGACACCUCGGCGGGCCGCCUCAUCCUCACCAACUGCACCAGCGUUCUGCUGGCUGAUUCCAAUGUUUCGUUGAACUCGGGCUCGUCCCAAGGGCAGCUGUCGGACGGGACCAGGAGCCGGCCAGGCCGGGUGGUCUACGAGGCGCUGAUCGAGGACAAGGGAAAGAACAUGAUCUACCUCCGGCUGUCCGCGACCACCGUCAAGGAUCUCCGCCUGGAGCCGGACACCGACUUCGUGGCGGAGGUGCAGUUCCAGCUGAACAGGAUCCCGUACUGCGAGUGGCACUACGCCAUCGACAAGAUCGCCGACUUCCGGGUCGUAUUCCCGGACACGUACCUGGAGCCGAGCAUACCCUGGACACCGCAGAGGCAGUGGAGCGAAAUCUUGGAUUCGCGGUUGAACCUGAAGCAGAAAGAAGCGGUCGUGGCUAUCACCACCCCAGUCAACUGCCCUUUACCGCCCAUUCUGAUCAUAGGUCCAUUCGGAACUGGGAAAACUUACACGCUCGCGCAGGCAAUCAAACAGUUGCUGAUUCAGCCAAAAGCUCGUGUUCUGGUAUGCACACAUUCCAACAGCGCGGCGGACCUGUACAUCAAGGAGUACCUCCACCCGUACGUGGAGGAGGGUCACGAGGAGGCGCGGCCCCUGAGGAUAUACUACCACAAGCGGUGGGUCGCCACCGUCAACCAGGUGGUGCAGAAGUAUUGCCUGAUCGAAGUAGUCGGUGGGAUGAGGACGUUCUGUGUGCCGACCUUGGAGGACGUGUUGAAGCACCGCAUCAUAGUGGUGACCCUGAGCAUAUCCAUGUACCUGUCUUCUCUCGGUCUUCCGAAAGGACACUUCACGCACAUUCUGCUGGAUGAGGCGGCACAGGCCAUGGAGUGCGAAGCCAUCAUGCCUCUAGCGCUGGCCAAUGACGACACUAGGAUAGUGCUCGCUGGUGAUCACAUGCAGUUGAGCCCGGAGCUGUUUUCUCAGUUCGCGAAGGAGCGAAAUCUCCACGUGUCCCUUCUGGAGAGGUUGUACGACCACUAUCCCUCGACGUUCCCGUGCAAGAUCCUGCUGUGUGAGAACUACAGAGCUCACGAUGCGAUCAUCCAGUUCACGUCGGAGCUGUUCUACGACCAGAAGCUGGUGAGCAGCGGCAACCAGCCCCGCCACGAGAAGUUCUACCCCCUGACGUUCUUCACGGCGCGGGGCGAGGACGUGCAGGACGUCAACUCCACGGCGUUCUACAACAACGCGGAGGUGUACGAGGUGGUGGAGCGCGUGUGCGAGCUCAGGAAGCGCUGGCCCCCGGUGUGGGGCAAGCUGGACGACCAGAGCAUCGGCAUCAUGACGCCGUACUCGGACCAGGUGUUCCGGAUCCGCUCGGAGCUGCGCAAGAGGCGCAUGGGCGGCAUCUCGGUCGAGCGAGUCCUCAACGUGCAAGGGAAGCAGUUCCGCGCCAUCUUCCUGAGCACGGUGCGGACCAGGCGCACCUGCCACUCGGGGACCAAGCCCGGCGCGGGCGGCGACGAGAUGGACUACGGCUUCCUGUCCAACUCGAAGCUGCUGAACACGGCCAUCACGAGGGCCCAGAGCCUGGUGGCCGUGGUGGGCGACCCCGUCGCGCUCUGCUCCAUCGGCAGAUGUCGGAAGGUGUGGGAGCGCUUCAUCGAGAUCUGCGACCAGAACAAGAGCCUGUUCGGCAUCACGUGGCUCUACCUGAGGAGCCAGCUGGACGGCGUGGAGCUGAAGAAGACCUACGUCCUGAACCCUCUGGCCCCGGAGUUCGUCCCCCGGCGCUACCUGGCCGAGUCGUACAUCAACCUGCCCCCUCCGCUGCUGGCCCCCGGGGUGGCCCCCCCGCCCCCCUUCCGCCUGCCCCCGGCGCCCUUCCCCCCCUGCGUGUACCCGUUCCCCCCCGUGUACUACUGCCGCCCGCCGCCGCCCCCGCCGCCCCCUCCGCCGCUGCCGUUCAACCCGUGGGCGCUGAACUACCCGCUGGUGUCGCCCGGGGGCUGGCAGGCCGCCGCCGUGGCCGUGCUGGCGUCCCCGGGCGAGAAGCGGCCGGCCGCUGAGGGGGGCUCGGCCCCCGAGGCUCCCGGGGACCCGCCGGGGUUCGCGGCGGCGCGGCCGUGCGCCGACAAGCCCGAGCAGAUACAGUUCCUGCGCAACGUGCACUUCCCCGAGAAGCUGCCGCCUCUCAGCCAGCUCUUCAUGAACGGUCACGGGCCGCCCCGUCCCGCCGUGGUGCCCCCGUCCCUCCCGGUGCCGCAGUCCAAGCAGCUCGAGUGGUCCCACCUGGCCGACGCUUCGGGCGUGGAGGCGGCCACCAAGUUCAUGGAGCUGCUCUCGCUGGGGAGCGCCGACGGCCAGGCGAAGCUCGCGCAAGUCCCCGCCUCCCGGGCCGCGCCGUCCUCGGGCCGGCUGCCCCCGCACUGCGACGAGUCCUUCCCGGCCCGGCCCCCGCAGGGGAGCGCGAAGGACGACGCCCUGUGGCGCGGCGCGGCGGGGGGGGCAGAAGAUUUGCCGCGGGAGGCGCGGCGCUCCGCCCCCCUGUACCGCCGCCAGCCCCAGUGCGACGGCUCGGGAGCGGGCAGCAGCAGCAGCGGGGCGUUCGCGGGCUACGCCCGGGCGGCGGUGGGGAGCCUGCGGCCCGCGGCGGCCGGCGACGCUGGGGGCUCGGCCACGUACGCCAGCGUGCUCCGGGCCGACCCCCGCAGGGCCCCCGACCAGGACCCCUUCGUCGUCCUGCGGGCGCUGGGCAGCAAGGGCAUGCAGGGCGCGUCCGGCCUCUACCACCACUUCAGCUAGCGCUGCUCUCCCCUCGUUCCCUUACCGACUUGGCCGCCUCCGUACGAACCCAGUUUUUCCAUCUUCAAGAAAUUCUGAAACAUUGCGCUCCCAACCGGUUAUUACAAUCAUGAUACUUACCCAGAAUCAUUUUUUACACGGCACAGUGUUUUUUUUUUCUUCCGAGAAAGUAAUUCAGUAAUGUGUAUACAUACUUCGACCAAAACUUGAAAAAUUUUUUGAAAAAAGCAUCGUAUGCUUCAGUUUCAUCCGCAUUACUAAAAGUAGAAUAAUUUUUAUAUAUAUUUGUUUAUUUUUGGAAAAUAUAUAUUGUGAGCAUUAGAUUACACUGCGUCCAGACAUUUUUUUUUUUUUAGGUGAUAUUUAUUAUAUGUUGUAUUUAAAUUAUAUGGAUCUGUAUGACUUUUUAAUAUAAAAAAUGGAAACACCCAAGUUUCCAUUGAGUAUACCACCUACUUUCAAAUUUGUGUGAUUGUGCAGUGUCGUUAAUGUAAGUUUGUGUCAUGGUUGUAUCGUCUGCGUAAAAAUUUUAAAGCGGGAACACACGGCCGUCUUGUAAAUUUGUGCAAGUUUGUAUAUCCAUCAUUUAUAUCUGAAACCUUCAGGUGAUUCAUGAGGCUAAUGGCUGAGCGCAUGUGCGGCGACAGCAUCCGCGCUCAGGUGCCGUGCCGUGGCAUUGUCAAAGUCACACUGCACGUCCUGCUCGCGAGGAGGAGAGUGGCACAGCUACAGCUGCGUCAGGUGAGUGGUACGUCGCGAGUGGAGUCCUCGCGACGGGGGUGUCGAGAACAUCUUGUGUGGCGAGAGUCGGGGUGCGAGAUCCUUACGGUCGCCCCCACGUUCCAGCUUCGUCCGGAACCCACCGUGUGACAUUUUGUGUUACGGUGCGGUUAAGAGUGCUGUUCGCCGGCACCGAUCGAUUGUGUUGCAGCACAAAUGUAGCCACAGUCGUGGAUCAGAAAAAGCACGAUUUUGUAACGGUCGGAGAGCAAGUACAAAUUAAGUGCAAAGUGGGGAACAUGUUUUCAUAUUCAUUUUAAACAUUUUUUAUAAGCACCUGUCUUGUAAACCAUUAUUUCACGAGGCACAGGUCAAUUAUUCUCUGGUGUUUUGUCAGUAAUAAUCAUCUUUUACUCGGGUACUUAAAUGCAGUUGUCAAUGAUUACCAUGUUACAGUUGCAUUAUCUCUUAAAUAGUGUAAAACGUGAAACAGUUACAUUGAUGAAAACACAAAAAUUGUUGCUAUCACCAUCAUGUUCAAACUUAUUCUAAUGUAUGUAAAAGAAAAUAAACGUAUUUUAGCAGCCACCAUUUUCAAACACAAAACUUUAACACAGUGUUAAGUUGAGGGACAAUUUUUCUUAUACAUAUAUCAUCGGUCUAGUUAACAAACCUCUAGACUCACCCAAGCGAAAUUGUACAGGAAAAUAAAAAUAUACGGUAGUGAAAUGUGUCAUUAUUUUGUAACAUUUUAUAAUUUGUUUUUAUUAAAAUGAAAUAUUUAAUAAAUAUACAACAUAAAAAAAUGCUAAUGACUGUUUUUCUUACUGUAAAAAAAUACCUACAUGAACCUUUUACUUUAAAAUAAAAUAACUCAACUGAAACAAAGGUUGAGUUAUAUGCAGAUAGCUAAUUCUAUUUCAAAACCGUUGAAUUUAAGAGGUGUGCUGAAAUAGGAGGAGCAAUAGUUUUCCUUUACGAGGCUUGGAGAGAACUUGCCAAAAAUAAGUCUGCCCAACAUUUUGCAAAAAAAUAAACUUUAUAAAGGUUUGGAUUGACAAUAUGCUGCCAAACUGUGGUAACUGACUGGGUGUACACUCAAGUGUGAAUACGUUGUGAUUUUUUUUAAUUAGAUUGUUUCGAUGGUUAGAGUGUACACAGGCCACAAAAUUCAUGAAAAAGUAACGAAACUGAAGUACAGAAAGCGAUGGAAAAGUAAACACAUUGAAGGACUAGUCAAUGACAGUCCCUAAAUGAACAGUAAUAAUCCUGGAAUGUCAUGAAAUUUUCUUUUUCUAGCAGCCUUUUUACUAACUUGUAUUUUGUUUUUGGGUGCCUCUCCUCAGUUUUUACUUGCACACAUUUUUUAAAUAAUCUGAGGCUGAUCACGCAAAUCAUGUGGAAAUUAUUUAUGGAAAGGUUUUAGCUUUCUAACAUAAAAAAAUAUGCAUGUUACUGCAAAUAGACUUCCCACUUCAUAUUAUGUUUAAUUUUACUUAUUGUGUAUCAAAAAUGACUUCAAUGGUAAACGUCGUCAUUCUUCUUGGAGUUCCCAGACUGUCUCAUCGCGAAAACACUUUUCAGGAUUUUGGCUUAUUUACAUCAAACCAUUCAUGUGUUACUAGCUCUUAGCUGCAUGACAAUCCUCAGUCUGACCGUAGAGCGGGAAGUAAAGACCUAUUUCUCCUUCAAUAAAUCUAGAACUAUAAUAUGUAGUACUUUCAUAUGUAAAUCUAGCAAAAUUAUCAGUAGACGAAAUAUUUGUCCUCUUUUAGGAACUUCAUCUUAUCAAUUCAUAAAUCAAACAAAUUUUGGUACUAAAACUUAACUUAGUACUCGAAGAAUUCCUACAUCACAUCCAUCCUACACAUCGUUUGUUGCUCAAAAUGUUCUUUUUCGAAUGGUCUAAAGAACCAACUUAUUGUCGUUACCAAGAACUCAGUUGUCUUUCCAUGUAGCUCUUUUAUAAAUAAAGUUAACUGCAAAGCACAUAUAAUUCCAAAACUGUUUCUAGACUUGUCAUAUUUGUGAUGCCUAGAGUAAUUAAAUCAUAUUCUUAGCAUAAAGUCUGUGGUAUUUAAGCAUCAAUUACAUUGUCCUAAUGAUAUUUCUUUUAAAUAAAUAAAUUUUCUUUACAAUUUCUGUUACGGACACACGGUGCUACUGUUUGUGUUCAUCAAUCAUAUUAUGGCAAGAUUGUCGAGAUAUUACAAUGCUUAGGUAUAUGUAAUUCCUGAUUUAAAAUGAAUCAAUGCAAUUUCUUUAAGUCUCUAGCGAAAAUUGCAAAUAAAAAAAGUGUCGUGGUUAGAAUGGUUACUAAAAAAUUUAUAUAUAACCCUUAUUUAUUUAUAUGUUGAAAAACUGUGUCACAAAUUGCUGGUCAAAUGUCACGGGAUAAUCAUUUGGUAUUUACUGUAGCUAUUUACUAACACGGUUACAUCGCGAAAUUUCAUUGGCUGAAAUAAACAGUAAGAUUUCAAUUGUGAAUCUAUUUCGCACAAGUCUACUGUGGACGUGCUAUGCACUCGUUGAUGUUUUAUAAUUGAGAACCCAUCCUAACUCCAGUCCCAGGGCAGAUUCAGGAUGCUGAUAAAGUCCCAGUCUCACCAGAGAGGAUGACAAAAAAAAAACAGCUUUACGUGAAUGUGCAUUGUUUAGAUAAAUACUUUCUGCUGCCGUAUCAAAGUUCAUUGCAGUUUGGCCAAGAAAUAGCUCUGGAGGGUACGGAGCGAGGAAUGGUAAGACUGAAAAGACUCAAGGUCCACUUUUGCACGGCCGUGACUUGAACCAAACGAAAGCAUUAUGCCUUUGGAUCAACCCGCAACAUUUUUGUUUAGAUUUCCCGUACCUGACUGUGCAAGCUUUGGUUUGAGGUUGGGAUUGGCACCUGCAGUAUUUUCCAGAACUGACGGAAGGUGGGAUUUGAGGAUGGUUUUAGUUGGCAACUCGUGUGUUAUGUCUCGUUGACGCACCCUUUUUCUCUGCUGCGUGGUGUGGGUUGUGAAAGAAGUCAUAGUUUUAACGUUACUUUCAGUUUCUUACGUCACGUUGCUUUUGCAUCGACCAUUUUGCUGACGCAGUUCCGAGCUGUAUCAUCAAGUAUGCUUGCUCCAUGGUUUGGCAGCAAGUAGAAGAGCCGUUAUUUAAGGAAACCUGUGUCAUAAUUUUUGUGCCUGAUGAUUUUGUGUUAAAACACGUUAGUUUGCAAUUGUUGGUCCUCGUGAAGUAAUGAUUUUUCACUCAUGUUCCCCCUUAAAAAUGCUUAAUUAUUGUUUCUUUCCAACUUCAUAUGAGAAAAUAUUAAUUUUUUUCAUAUGUUUACUGCCAACUAUGUAUGUAUUUCAGUUGAUAACAUUUCUGAAAAUUUAUUUGUAGGUUUUUGUUUCCAGCCCGAUUUUAAUUUAGUGCACUGUUUUACGGAGUUCAAAUAUGUGUGCUAUCUUUUUUAAAGUGCAAAAUUAUUCAGCUAUUUUUCUACAAUAUUGGUGUCUGUAAUUUAAGAAAAUAGCUACUUAGUAAACAAAAACCCUAUAAAUAUGGGGGGGGGGGGGGGGAAAUAAACCGGAAAGAUGGGGAAAAUAAUAAAAAAAAUUAUGCACAUUCUUGAUUUUGUAUUAUAUUUUUUAUCAUAAUUUGCAUUUAUAAAAUAUGUAAGAUAGAAAACUAGUCAUUUAUAUAACUUGAUGCCCUAGUUAAAUUAGGGAGAAAUUGCUAGUGUUUUGUAAGUCUUGAUCUUUUAUUCCUCAUUAUACAAUGUAACAUUUGUGUUUGUUUUUUAUAUGAUAUGUAUUUUUGAUUGAUUGCAGUGUUUGCAGUCUUAGUUUAGAGAUAUAAAGCCCACUAUUUUACUGCUUUUGCAGGGUGUCUUAAAUGUCCACAUGUCAUGAAAAUCAUUGAACUGGACUGGUCACAAAAGUCACGAAAAAGUCCCGAAAUAAACAGUAAUGGUGUUGGAAGUAAUGAAAUUUUAAUUUUCAUCAGCCUUUUGCUUUCGUGCAUGUUGAUUUUUUAUGCCUUUUUUCAGUUUCGCCUUUAAUGUAAAUAUAAAUAUCUGGGAAAUGUCCACUUAAAUCAGUAUGCAUUUUUUUUCAAAACCUUUUAGUUUUCUAACUUUAAAAGUGGCACAUUUCUGCAAAUAAUAGAUCUAUUUCAUACAAUGUUUAAACUUAUUUAUUUUAUAUAAAAAUGACCCUUUCAUAUAAAAAUGCUUUUAGAAAAUAUAUUGCGCUGUCCUGAAAAAUGUCCCGAUUCACCAGAUAUUUGUAGACAACCAGUAGUGAGGUUUAGACACACAGGCAGUACAUAUUAAUGAAAUACAGUGGUACAUAAUUUGUGUAGAAAAUGUGUGGGACCAUAAUAAAAUGUUAAUAUUUAUUUCCCAGUACAUCUUGCUUUAUUUAUAUCCUAAGAAAAUUAAUGUUUUAACAGAUUAUACAUUCAAAUUGAAGGUUUUCAGUUCAGUAUUCUGUUAUGGCGUUGAAAUGUAAAUUUUUCCUUAACAAUUUAGGGCGAGAUUGUAGUUUCUUUGCUAUCUGCAGAGCUUACUUUCUUGUGGACUCAGCUUUUUAUCUCAUCCGUGUCUAUUUUUAUUAUCCUGAAAUGUACCUUGUUGCACUACCUGUGUGACAACAAGUGCAACAGUUGAAUAUUUACUAGAGUGUUUAAGGGAUGACUGCAUUUUUUUGGUUAUUGGUUGGCUGUACACAUUCACAUAGGUAAUAUUCAGGGUUGGUUAACUUAUUGUGCGGCAUAGGGGUAUGUAGUAUAGUCGAUUCCUGCCUGUGUAGAAAUCUGGCUGAGCCUUAAAAAUAAUUUAAUAGUAAUUUUCAUGGGUUCACACACACACAAUGUAUAACACAUUUUUUUUGUUAAUGAGUAAAGGAACCAACAUAUCCAUUUGUGACCAAUUGAACCAUAAAAUUAUUAUUCGUAAAGUGGAUUAUGGUUAUUUCAUUGUGAGCCUUCUGUCUUUACCCUACUGUUUGUUCACUGUUUCGAAAAUAGGUAAUUGUUUCUUGUACAAUAACAAAUUUGCACUAAACAACUUUGGAGGUAAGAAUAUUUAUUUCUUUGGUAUGCUCGUUAACGUAAAAAAAAAAAAUUCUCAUUUAGCUGCAUUUUCCGUUUACAGAUAAUAUAAUAUGUAAUAAAAUGUAUUUCCCAAUCCAGUUACAGUAACAUUUUGCUGGUUUUAUAAUGAACACAAUGCUUUUCUGUGCACUGGAACUCGUAAAAAUGCCAUUUUUUACGCACAACAGUCAAGAAGUAUCUGCAAUCACAAUCAAUAAUGCUUGAUUUUGGAUAUUGCAAAUCUAAAAAGCCACAUAUAGAUUGGUUUAUUUUGCCAGCUGAGCUUAGCUUUGCAAAAUGUAAAGAUAAGAGAUCUUUUUGAGAUUUGUUGCUGAAGCUUUUUUCUUCGUAAAAAAAAGUCUGGUAGAGAAACUCAUUCUCCCCCUCCCAUCCCCACCAAACAUAUUUUACUGCAUUUUUUUUUUGUUAAGGUAAGGGGGUUUGUGUACCAGAACACCCACUGUGGCGUUUGAAUGAUCGGGAAGCCUGUAUAUAGUCGCACAGUAAAUGUAAACAUUCGUAAUAUUUUAAUUAUGUCUGAAUCAUUAUUGGAUUUAUAAUAUAAAAAUGGGCAUGCUCCUUUCAAAUAGUAAAUCUUUCUCAUUUUUUUUUAAAUUUGCAUUUUACAUACAAAAAUUAUCUUGUGAUACAAAAAUUUUUGUAAUAAAAUGUUAUUUAAAGAUCCUGAAAUCCAUUCAUCUUAUAUUUAUUCUUGUUUUAGUUUUUAGUCUACUUUCACUUACCUUCAUUGAGGAAAACGGAAGCCAGUGUUACACUAACGGUUUAGCCCAAAUUUAUUGUUUCACACUUUGACGCAGGUCUCUUCUAAACCUAUCGAAAAAAUUUUAAAAAUAUAUAUAUUAUACAACGUCCAUGAUUCCUCAUCCUUGCCUUUACACAUAUCAGCAUUAAAAAAAAAAAAAAAAAAAAAAAAUCAUUGAUUAUUCUGCAUGUAUUUUUUUUUUUGGGCUGGGUGUCUUGCAUUGUCGUGUAGUUGAGAGCGAAAAAUGUGCAGAGAAAAUUCUGCCUGUUACGAUGAGAGUCCCGUCAUGGAAGUCGCUGAAACGAGAUAAGUGGUAGUUUCUAUCACUAUAGAUUGUUUGAAUGUGUGUGGGGGAAAAACAGAAUUACUCUUAAUUGUUGAGUGUUGGACUCAAUACACUGUACACCAGAAUAGCUAGCAGUGGCAGUCGUUUAGCUAACCACCGGUUUUUGUCGAAACAGGUACACGUAAAAGACAGUAAAAUCCAGGUAAUAGUGGAAUAAUUACCAACGAUUCACUUUCAACCAUAGCACAACUUAUCGCCAUGAUGGUCGAAAUAACUACUAUCGCUUCUCCAGAAGCUAGCAGCCAACUGGUAAACUGGGUGCUGCUAGUAAGCAGCACGUAAAGUUAAAAAAACCACUGAAUUAACAAACACUGCAGUAAACUUCAGAUUAUCCGGGUGCGGGUUAUCCGGUUUGCGGGAUAACUGUGCCAUAUUUCACUUCCAUAAACCAAAAACACAAAUAUAACAUUUCACUUUUUUUUUAAUUGCUGUGAAAGAGCAGUUCAUGCUGUUAUUGAAGAUGAAAAAUGCUACCAAACACAGUGAGUACAUAAUUGGUGUUAUUGUGCAUCAUGAACUUCGAAACUGCGAGAGCAAAUUAUAAACAAUAAUGAGUGGUACUUGUCAUUCAACAAAAAAAAAAAAAAUAUAUAUAUAUAUAUACACCAGCUAGACCUAAAACACAGCAACGUGAAAUGUGGCUAUGUUUUAGUGUUAUGUACUGCAACUUUUUCUGUGAAUUAUGUCUAACACUUUAGUACCUAUUACAUAAAACCUUAUACAGUUUUGUCUAGUUGGUAUAAAAACAUUUUAACUAAACAUUUAUUUUUGACAUUGCUUUAACCACGUUUUUCGGUUAUCAUUGGACCCCUUGACAGUCAUUAGCCCGGAUAAUUGGUAGUCUACUCUGUAAACACAUCCAUAAACCACUGAUUCUCUUAACAUAAAUUCAUUUUAAGUAACAGUCUCAUACUAGGAUAUCCAUGGUUAGAGUUUAGAGAGGUUAAUUGAAGAGGAAACUUUGAACUGCCCCAUCAUCAGUGGUAAAUAGGUUUUAUGUUACAAUAUAUAUGGCCCUAGAAAUCUUGUGACUUUUAUACCACUGUAAAAAAUUAUGGGUCUGUUUCUUAAAUCAAAUUUAAAAUCCCUAUGGAUUUUUUAAACUUGCAAAUGUGUGUAGUUUGCUUGUAUUUAUUUAGAUGACGGUCAUGAAAUAUUUUUAAAUAGUUAUGCGUAACAUCAGUAGUACUUAGUUUGGAAGGUAAGUAAUUGUAAUUAAUUUUAAAAGGCUCUUCUUGAAGUUUUGUUAAAAUGAUGAAUUGGUUGUCUCUUCAUUUUAUGUGCUUAUUGUGUUACCCAUGACUGAUGAGGUAGUAGGUAAUGAGUGAAAAAUGUAUUACGUAUUAGUUUUCAUAAAAAAAUGUGUAAGUACAAUAAAAAAUUCCCAAAAAAUAAUUACUGCCCUCUGUUAAGUUGAAGACUUUGUGGUUUUAUUGUUGUGACGAAGAGCUUCUAAUAAUUAAUCAAUUUUUAGAAGGAUUUUCGAAAACUUUAAUUUUGAUAGUAAGAAAGAGAGUUUUGAACUUAAAGUGAGGUAAAUUUACUUCUCUUACAACAAAUUUCCACUUGGGUUUUUUGAGGUUGGUGAAAAAUUCAUACACUUGUAAAUGUAUGUUGAAUGAAUACCUAUAUGUGUAAGAUUUUCUCAUAAAUGUGUAUGUAGUUUGUUUAGUUUUCAAAUAUACAAAAAUUAUUGUAAUAAGUACAGUGUAAUGUGUUCACAACAAUCUAGUUGGCCACUCUGAAAUUUCGGGUCCCACUGUGUAAUUUUAUCACACUUAAUGUAAGAGUUUUUGGUAUAUAUUUUCAGAAUGAAAGUGUUUGGAGGAGGUCUUGUUAGACUUUUAAGUAGAUACAGGGACUUCAUCAUUAUACAGAAAAUACAAUUGUGUCAGGGAGUAGUUUGUAAUCUGCUGUGUUUCAGAAUGAUGUGAUAGGAGAUAGGGUGAUCACAUUUGCUGGUUAUGUAGACGUGUAGUUGCUGAAUUUUAUUGCUUGAGAGGGGGUUUUUGUCCCGAAGAAGGUUUCCCCCUCCAGAAACAGCGUGACAUAAUAAAACAGAAAUAUUUUGUGUGUGUGUAUCUUACCUAAUAAGCUAAUAAAAUAUGAGUUUAUGUAUGAAAUAAAAUAAAAGUUUCUUGCAAGAUC